AUGUGGUUCUCGACACCCUCCGUCGAGAGUAUAACGCGGCCACGCGUGGCUGUCGCACUCGUGUCAGCCUUCGCCGCCGCAUCGGCAUCAUAUUACCUCCAUCAGCAAAGUCAUUACGCGCAAGUUGAGCUGCCCGGUGCUGGUUUACAUCGCAGAAAUGCUGUGCGCCGUAACCGCCGAUCGCAAAGACACGAGACCGAGUCGAGCUCCGAAUCCGACGUGGCGGGAGACGAGAACAUUGACAUCUCGCCCCUUCACGAUGGCGAGACUGAUGUAGGAGAUGGCGCUGAGGAAUGGGAUGCUCUGGGCCAGCUACAGCCCAACCAGCGCGCUGGCCACAACAUCGUGAACUUGCUCUUCCGUGUCUCCGAGGACAACGCCAGGCGGACAGGAUGCGUGCACCGUGGAUGCCAAUGUAACUCGUGUGGCAUGGUGCCGAUCCGUGGAAUCCGCUAUCGAUGCGUCAACUGCGACGAUUUCGAUCUCUGCGAGACGUGCGAGUCCCAGGGUAUGCACAUCAAGACGCAUAUUUUCUACAAGAUUCGUGUCCCUGCCUCGUCCCUCGGUCCCAAGAAGAUGCAGCCUGUCUGGUACACCGGAGACCCCGACAUGCGCCGGAAAACCCUCCCCAAGAAUCUCAUCGCCACGCUAUCGCGCGAGACCGGUUUCGAAAGGCCGGAACUAGAAGCUUUCUGGGAGCAGUGGACUUUCAUGGCGAAUACCGAGUGGAGAGACGACCCAGACGGCCUGGAACUCGCCAUGGACCGAAAGACAUUUGAGCGUUGCUUAAUCUCGAGUGGAGUAUCACAAUACGCCGCCCCGAACCUGAUCCACGAUCGAAUGUUUGCCUUUUACGAUUACAACAACGAUGGACUGAUUGGUUUCUCUGAAUUCCUGCGCGCCCUUUCGUAUAGGAAGCGUCGCGACAAGCUGCGCAAGGUCUUUGAGGGCUACGACAUUGACGGUGAUGGAUAUGUCAGCCGCCGAGACUUUCUCCGGAUGUUUCGCGCAUACUACGUCCUCUAUAAGGAAAUGCACAAGAAUAUACUGGACGGGCUCCAGGACCAGUUGUUGGCGAGCACGGAGGCGCAGCAACUCAUUGCCAGUCGCCAGCCGCUGAGCAGUUUGUUUGGUCGCGAGGGUCGUGUGCCGCAUGGCGAGCGGACGCUGCGGCUGGACGGGAAGCAGCUUCGCACAGACGGUAGUGUUGAGAUUGAGCCAGGCUUUGAUCCAAUCGCGCCUAACGGGGGCGACACGGCCAGCAGGCAGGAUAUCUUGACAAGCCUCUUUGCCGUGGACUCGACACCUCGUGAGAGGAACCGAUGGAGAAUCAUUGCUAGCACAGGGAACAACCCAGAUGGGACGCAGACCUUUAGGGAUGUCGAUGCAGACAGACCAUAUCUCGUGACGCUGAUGGACCCACCGCUCACUCUGGACGACCUUCCUGAUGCCAUCAUGGCUGGCCAUACUUUAGAAAUUGAGGAUAUGGACGAGGAUGACAAGGAUGACUCAGAUUCAGAAGUGGCUCCAGAACCCGAGGUCGAGGGCUUGCGGUAUCCUACCGAAACAGAAGAGAGGAUCAAAGCGCUCUCGUAUAACCGACGUCGCAUACCACAGCUCGAGAAGAGAAAACGAGACAUGGCGCGAGACCAGCUGCACGACCGCUGGAAGCGCCGCCAAUUCUAUCUGGACGAGGAAGAAGGUGGCGAGGCACCUUGGGACUGGGAAGACAACGAAGAUAUUUUCCUCGAGCACGAGCAUGCCCGCAACAAUCCGAAGACAACGGAAACGCUAGACACAAUGUCGUGGGCUGACAGCAAGGUACACUAUGCGGACCGUGAAGAUCCGGACGCAACAUCCAGCCCCUCAACCUCAUCAACAAGCAUUCCAGAUCGCUGGAGCGAGCCCGACGUCCCUCAACAAGAGCAAGAUGCGGGCAAGGAAAUCCUGUACCAGAUCACUCAGCAGGCCUUCAAUGAGCUCCUGGACAACAUUUUCAAAACCGCUGAGAGCAAUGCUGUCGAGGCCAGAGAAACUAGGCAGCAACGCGAGGAGUACAAGAAAGAGAUCGAGGAAUAUGCAGCCCGCAAAUUAACUGCCGGCAAUCAGGAAGAUGCCACCGAGAUUGAUUCAGACGUCAAGGACCUUGUCGCCGACCCAGAACCUCGGGGCGAGAAGGCCCUCACAAAGCUGUUGGAAACCAGCGGUUACACAGUUUACCGAGAUCCCGAGCCUGAGUGCAGAAACGCCUGCGAUCUUGGCAACGUAGCCAGGGACGAGGUGAAAUCAGCAUCAGCCGCCAUCGCAGAUCCGACCAUGCCCCAGAACAUGCCCAGCACUCUCACCUGGGCUGAUUUCUACAAGCAGACGCACGGCAUUCAGAAGGUCUAUCCGGUCACCUGCAAGAUUCAGGAGGAAAAGCCUACAGACGAGCAGCUCGACAAGUGGCUCAAGCUGAACGAAACAGAGCAGCAAGCGCUUGCGCGUGGAGGUUGGGGCCGUCUCAACUACGCCGAGUUUGAGGAAAUCUACCGCAGCCAAGAGCAAAAGGGCAACCGUCUUGACUACGUCGGAAGCUGGAUCGACUUUUCCAUCCCCUAG